AUGGGGUCGCGCGAGGUGGAUUCGCGGGUCUGUGCCGUCAACCUGCCUCCUACACGGCCCGUAGGCGGCGCGCGUGCAUCACCCAGCUCUGCUGCGUGCCUGCCUAUCGGCAACGACGGCAGCAGCGGUGACGCCACGAACAGCAGCGACCAGCGCGAUGGCGAUGCCAGAAGCGGCGCCAACAUGCGUGCUGCUACAGCCGCCAUUCCCCGCUCCCUGCGGCCUAUCCGCGUCCCAUCCUCCUCAGCCGCCGCCCUUCCCCCGGUUCCCCCGUCCUCCCUGGCCCGCGCCGCGAUGGCUUCAGGAGGAUUCGCCGAAUCGAUCGCCGCUAGUGGCGGAGGCGCCGAUCUCGAUGGCCGCGCCGGUGGGCUCAAACUUAACGGUCAAAACGACGGCUCGCAUAUCCGCGCAGGCGACGCGGCGAAUCUGAGUUUUGGGCGAUGGUGCUCCGGAGACGCAGCGGAGGCACGGAGUAGGCUCAGUGGGUGCAGCAGCAAAGAGAGCAGCGAUGUGGACGCGGGCCAGGGGCGAGGUGACGAUGACGCCCGUGCUCCUGCUCCCCGUGCUGCAGCUGCUCCCGCCCCCACCACCGUCGCUACUGCUACGACGCAUGGCGACGCCUCUCACGGCACGCGCGAGGGCGAUGGUGGCGAGUCGUGCGGGGCGCGUGGCAAUGGGGGCGGGUGGCCGAGGGGCGGUGGUGGGGCGGAGAGUGACGCUGCGGGCGGGACGAGGGAGGAGGGCAGGCGUGGUGAGGCGAGCGAGCAUGCAGGCGCGCGAGGGCGUGGCGGAAUGGGCUCAGGGCCUUGCGCGGACAGCACGGUGGACGUCGGUAGCAGCGCGCGCGGUGGUGGUGGCAGGGGCGCGUGGCAGUUUGACGACGGCGUGACAGGUGACGGCGUGUGGCCCGUGGAGCAGGAUGCACUGUGGGCAGCGCCAGGGGGGUGCGCGCACAGGGGGAGCGCGCGGGGGAGUGCGGAGGAGAGAGGGGGCGAGAGAGUGAGUGAGAAGUCGAGUGGGAGCGUGUGGUGGGUGGAAAAAGAGAUGUGCAGAGGAGAGGAAGUGGCGGGAGGAGGUGGGGGAGGCGGCGAGGUGGAGAGGCGCGCGAGGGUGGAUGUGGGGGGGCGUGCAGAUGCGAGUGCGGAGGAGCGCGAGUACUCGUUGCUGUGCCACUCGCCCAGAUACGCCGCGUAUCGAGACCGAAGGUCGUCGGCGCAGCAGGUGCAGGCGAGUGCGUCAUCGCUGCUGCACGAGGCGCAGGUGCGUCGCUUCCGCUCCACGCUGCGCUUCCUGGGGCUCGACACGUCGUCGCGGCGCUGGGCUGUGCUCACGUGGGGCAGUGGCGUGGCGCUGCUGCUCGUGGUGCCGUGCGGCCUCUACGCCUACGUGCAGCCCGCCGACCACCUCCCCCAACACCAACUGCCCUUCCAGCUACUCGUGCUGCUGCUGCACAACUCGCUGGGCGUGGUGGCGUUUCUGUUCCUGCGGGCGGCGCUGCGCACACACGGGCUGCACGCGGUGCUGUUCCUGGACUCCGCGGCGCAGGAGGACGAGGCGCUGCAGGCGCAGUACUUGCACGCCCUGCAGGUGGGCAUGCCGCCACACACCGCACAGCACCACAUAAGGGCAUGGGGCACUCUGGGUGGGAAGGGUGGUGGGAUGGGGGUUGGUGCGGGCGGUUGGGGGGAUAUUGUGAGGUGGUGGCACGGUGAAGGCAUUCCAAGUGCAGUGAAGUGGCAGAGGGCGCUCUCUUCAUCCUUAGACUUAGCCAGCAAGGUGUUUGCCUCGCUUCGCUGCAGCAUCACUGACCAGCGUUGUCUGUAG